UAUGUAACGCUCAAAAAUUCAGAUUCCAGCUGUUAUUUCUCUGGGCACUCCAUGAUCUCUCGAGACCAAGAGAAAAGUAGAGUGAACAGUACGCAGUGAUUCGUCUGGCGGAGACUCAGAGAGGUACUCUUUUCUUGAAAAUUAUCCUUUUUCUUUUGGAACUGAUAUCGAAUUUAACAAGCAGUUCUUUGAUUCAUGAUCUGAUUUCUAGCAUCCUUCAUUGCUUAAAUUCAGUUCCAGAUUUGAUAGUCGUUGAUAUGAUUUGGGUCAUUCGCAAUUUCAGCAUAACUGAGUUCUUAAGUAAAGAAGAGCCGAAAACUUUAGUAAUAUGAGAAUGGAACCCAAAUCUCCUUCCAAACAUAAGUUCUCUAUCAAUGCAUUUACUCAACAUAAAGGGGUCUUGAAAGUUUGUAUUUUUCUUUUAGUUGUAGUGUUGUUUUUUGUUGGGUGUUAUUUUGUGUUUAAACCAAGUGGUAACAUUCUAAGUAGAUCGUACUAUACUGUUGUUGUGGACUGUGGAAGCACUGGAACACGAGUAAAUGUUUAUGAGUGGAGAAUAAAAUAUGUAGAAAGUGAGAACCUUCCUAUUCUGAUGCAUUCAUAUCCAGAUAACUCGACCAAGGGAUCAAUUGGGAGAAGUUCUUGUCAGUACCACUGUCUGCAGACUGAGCCUGGUUUGGAUAAGUUUGUUGGUAAUGCUUCAGGUGUGAGAGCAUCUUUGGAAUCAUUAAUUUUAUGGGCAGAAAGGUUGGUACCCCUUGAGAGACAUGGUGAUACUCCUAUAUUUGUUUUAGCUACCGCUGGACUAAGGAGGUUGGCUGAUGAGGAUGCCAGGUUGGUCUUGGAUGAUGUUGAGGCUGUUCUAAAGGAACAGUCAUUUUUGUAUAAGAAAAGCUGGAUAAAGGUUUUGAGUGGGAAAGAGGAAGCUUACUAUGGGUGGGUUGCCUUGAACUAUAAAUUGGGGACCCUUGCAAAUUCCUCAAGGACUUCCACCUCCGGACUUCUUGAUCUUGGAGGUUCAUCAUUGCAGGUAGUGAUGGAACAUGAUGUGAUAGGUGAUGGUAAACACUUAAUAAGAUCUGAGAUUGGCUUGAUUGAACAUCGAAUAUUAGCAUAUUCUCUGCCAGCAUUUGGUUUGAACGAGGCAUUUGAUAGGACAGUUGCCAUUCUCAGCCAAUUAAAGACACCCAAAGAAGGUACCAGUGACAGAGUUGAAAUCAAGCAUCCAUGUCUCAAAUCUGAUUUUGUGCAAAAUUAUACUUGCUAUGCUUGUGCUCAACAAAAUAUCAGUGAUCAGGAAAUUUUUAGUGGUCAAAUUCAGAGAACAAAUCCCGCAUCCAUCUAUCUGGUUGGGGACCCGAAUUGGGAGCAAUGUCGGGGGCUUGCAAGGGUUGUUGCCAUCAAUUCAAGCAAAUUAGAGUGGUCACACCCGAUAAUUGGUAAAAACUGUAAAGCAGGCUUGUCAUAUUCUAGCGGCAGAAAUAUACUUAAUGUGACAUCCAUUGCCCAUCCAACUGGGCACUUUCAUGCUUUAUCAGGAUUUUUUGUUGUCUACAACAAAUUAAAUUUGAGUUCAAGAGCCAAUUUGACAAAAGUCUGGGAGAAAGGAAAGCAAUUAUGUUCAAGAUCAUGGACUGACUUGAGUUAUAAUACCAAAAACCAAAACUAUGCUGCACAGCAUUGUUUCCAGGUACCUUAUAUGGCAUCACUUAUUGAGGAAGCUCUGUGCCUUGGUGAGGCAGAGAUUAUAUUUGGUCCCGGGGACCUCUCUUGGACCUUAGGUGCGGCAUUGAUCGAAGGGAGAUAUUUGUGGCGAAGCAUUAUUGAAGCUCAGACCAGUUUUUCAAUUUUAAAGCAUGCAGAAGUGUUGUCCUCUCCCAUUUAUCUUUUUCUUUUCCUUCUCAUUCUUCUAUCUGUUGUAUAUUGUAGUCAGAUCAAGAUCCCCAUGCCAGGCCAAAAGGCUCCCAAUGUUGGGGUAUCUUUGCCUUCUUAUGUUCACCCAAAACGCCGGCCUAACUAGGAUUUAGUGAGUAUAUUAAGUGUUUUACAAUAACAACUUAAUUCAUUCAUUCUUUUAGGUCACACUAUAUAUUUGAUUUAAGUUUGGACUGUAUUGUAUGGCUUUUGAGUUGCAAGAAUGCAUGCAUAAUGUUGCUUCUUUGCUUUU